GUACCAAGUAUCAUCACUAAGACCUCAAUUCUUCGAAGUACUACUCGUAAUCGGCAUCAUCUCCAGAAGCAGCCGGUCCAUCCGCCUAUGGAGCGCCAAUCCGCGCGGGACAAGAGCACACACCGCUGAUUAUAUCAAUGCCGCCCGGCCGGAUCCAACAGUCUUCGCAUGAGAAAGGAGCCUGAUGUCGUCCCAAACCAGCUCUUCCGAUCCACAGCCCAAGCGCCAGGGGAAGCAUGUCACUACCGCUUGUCUCGGCUGUCGCAAACGCAAGAUCAAGUGCGACGGUAUUAGCCCACGCUGCUCCAACUGUGUCCUCUACGGGCAGGAGUGCGUCUUCCAGCAUGGCGUGGAUAAGCGAAAGAUUGCGCCUAAGGAGAGAUUGCAGGCCCUGACGAGCUAUUGCCAGCAACUCGAGUCGUUACUCAUUGCCAAUGGUAUAGAUGUGCCGCCUCCACCGCCGCUCCAUGUUCAGAGCAUCGCAGCAGACAGCCAGGCUGCGUCAUCAUGGCCGGCUGAGGCUUCUCUACCCGAAAGCUUUCCCGCCGGCACCGGCCAGUCCGACUUCGCUGUAUCAGAAUGGCCUGGCGAAGACGGAAACGGUGGUCGAAAUGCCUCGUUCAUGACGGGAAAGCCUCUCGAGGAGGGUUACUUGUAUUCUGAUUCUUCUCCGGACGUGCCUCAGACCGAUAAUUCCAACGCCGACUUCAAAGCAACGGUUCCGACCCCCAACGAAGACAUUUUGCUAGAUCAAUUGUCCGGGAGAAUGGGCUCGUUACAGAUCGCCGAGGACGGCCAGUUACGGUUCUAUGGGGCUACGUCCAACUUGCACAUCCUCCAUAAUGGACCCCUGUCCUUGUCACGAUCAAAGUUCCGCUCGCCCUCUGAACAAGGCGCGGAAUUGCUAAACGGGGCCGGUGUCGGUCAUUUUGUCGACGAGAGCCUGGAAGACCACCUCUUGCGACUGUAUUUCACCUGGGAGGAGCCUUCGAUUCAUGUGGUCGACGAGUCCGUCUUCUGGCGUGAACGAAUGAUCUGCAAAGGCGCAGGUCAAGUUAGUACCUUGUACUCAGAGGUAUUGACCAAUGCAAUGUGUUCUGUCGGAGCGACUCUUACAAACAGGACUUACCCUCAUUUGCCUGAUCCGCUUCCGGAUUUCUUUGCCACUAGGUCCAAAUUGCUUUUGGAACUCGAGAUGGACGCACCGACUCUAUCGACUGUUCAAUCCCUGGUUAUUCUUAGUGCGGUUGAGGCCCUGCUGACAAGGGAUGCCCGUGGCUGGCUUGAUAGUGGAAUGGCAGUCCGACUCGCUGUCGAUUUAGGCCUUCAUCUUGAUCCUGAACCAUACGUCCAGGCCGGUCUGAUCACCUGUGAAGAAGGGAUGAUUCGAAAGAUAAUAUGGAGCGGUGUCUUCGUUCACGACAGGAUGUGGAGUCUAUACGUUGGCAGACCCGUCGCACUCGAUGACAAGCAUAUUACUGUGCAGUUCUCUGCGGAAGAAGCCAAGGCGGGUCGGGUUGCGAGGUACUGGUCUCCUUACGACGACAACGAGACCUUAGACUUGCCUCGGAUGAUGGACUCAAUCGACGAACUGGGCAUCUGGAACGUGAAAUUAUGUGCGCACAUGACCGCUAUCAGAGAGACGCUGUACCCUGACGCGAUGACGGGUCCGACCAACGCCAGACAGCUGUUUCAGUUUGCAAACCAAAUGCGUGACAAGUUGUUGGGUUGGCAGAGAAGCCUCCCGCCCAGCUUGGCUGUCAAUAACCUGGACAAAAGAGCACUAUACCUUCCACACGUACUCCAACUCCACAUGCAAUAUCAUAGCAUCAUGAUCAUCACGUUCCGCCCGUUCUUUGCCUCUGUGAAGACUCUGCCGGGUCUAACUACUGCUGAAAUUGCGGCCGGCCGCAACCAUUGCACGACCUCGGCCAAUUUCGUGGCGAAGCUGAUUCAGACCUAUCGUCGCCAGUAUAGUCUCAGAAGGAUCAAUGUUCAGGCCGUCCACCUCGUUUUUACGGCGACGUUGAUCCAUGUUUUCACCGCCUGUGCGGCAACAGAUCCGGUUCGAAGCAACAGCGCGUGGAAGAAUUUGGAAACCUGUUGUCAAGCAUUGAGUGAACUGGGACUUGCCUUCAAGAGCGCUUCAAGAGCACUCGAGGUCAUCAUGGGCAUCAAGAGUGAUCUCCUCCGCAGGUCGAAGUCAAACAUCAAGCGACAGAAUCCGUGGGGCGACGCUCCAGAGGCUGGGCCUGCGCCAGCAAAGAAGCGGCGGCCCACAAACGCCGAGAGCGAUCUAUUGCAGACACACCAAUCUCCUCAGAGCCAGGGCAGCUCCGAUUUUGGCCUCAACCUAACCGAGGCUGACCCUGCAUUCAAUUUUUUCGAUACCUCGUAUGACGACUUUUCCCUCGAAACUCUAUUCUGGGGUGGCUACACCAAUCUUGAACUGCCUCAUUUCCCACCUCAAGAACCAUGAGACCCACCAAAAUAUACUACCCCUAUUUUCAAGCCACCCGGUCUCGUACAGACCGGGUCGAAUGAUGUCCUUCUACAAGCAGGCAGGCCAUCUGCUCCGGGCCAAGCAUCCAGCAUGAGGUUAUUUUACGAAGGAUCAACGUUUAAGCCUUCCGCGCUACAGCUGACCGGCAUGCACGCCGCCGGUAACAAGGACAUCGGUGCCGGUCGUGUACGCUGCGGCAUCGCUAAGAAGAUAUCCGACGACGCCCUUGAGAUCGGCUCGAUCACCUAUUCUCCCCAUUGGCGGUGCAGAUUUGAAGACCGUCAGCAAUUCAGGCCUUGUGAUGGCCAGCCCUUUGGUCAUCUCCGUGGCGAUGAAGCCAGGGGAUACCGUGUUUACUCGGAUUCCCAGAGGGGCAAGCUCCACUGCCAGCUGGACGCAAAGGGACUUGACGGCACCUUUGGAGGCGGCGUAUAUGUUGAGUCUCUGGGUUGGCAGGGCAGAUACAGCAGAAACCGAUGCUAUCAUCACGAUGCUCCCGCCAGUGUUCUGGGCUCGCAUUUGUUUGGCAGCCAAUUGCGCGCUGAGCAUGGUGCCCAUCACCUGAAACAAUGUCAGCGGUCUUUCCGGUGGUGGAAAUGUCCCAACGCACAUUGACUUGUAGGAUCCUGGCCCCUUCAUCCCAGGUUGUGUCAAGGAAUGGUUUAUCAUGGACAAUGCCAGCCGCGGUGACGCUACAAGCGUGGUUAACAAUGUCCACUGCCGCAAAAGUCUACCUUACCAGUUGUCUAUCCGACCGAAGUCCUUCGCCACAGCUUCGAAGCUUCGAGUCAGGCCGUCCGGGUCUGUGACGCUUGCUCUACAAACACAACAAAAGUUAGCCGAGGAUCCCCCAUUGCUCACAAGCGGAGGCAGACAUACCGAUAGUAUUUGGCCGUCACGCCUAGUUCCUUCUCGAAAUCGAGAAAAGCGUCAGAUGGCUUUUCGAGGAUAUCGAGAACGGCGACAUCGCUUCCUAGCUCGGCAGCACCUCUGGCCAGAGCUAAUCCAAUGCCCCGUGCUCCCCCUUUGGCUAUUCAGCGACAAGACGCACUUUAGUCUCGACCACACACUCACCAGUCACGACGGUGACCCUGCCUUUCAGAGACAUCAAGUCCUGUAUCGACCUGGCCCGGUAGGCAUCUUCGCUGGACGCUCCGAGCUUGGCUGCUGGGGCUGUGUUCUCUGUUGACAUAGCUCGAGUUUGGUGAGCAGCGUUCCUCUGAAUGGCG